AUGUGUAACCAACAACCGCAGGCGAAGCUGUACUUGUCCAUAAUCGAUGAUGUGAUGGAGAGCAUGAAGGAGCUGUUCCUGGAUGAAGGGCUGGAGGACAGAGUUCUGGACGACCUGAGACAUCUUUGGGAGUCAAAGGUGGUUCAGUCAAAAGCGAUGGACGACUUCAGAAGGAACAGCCUCAACUCUCCUAACUUUGUGCUCCAGCUGCCUGCCAACUAUGGACAGACUGAGCAGGAACGGGCAGCUGGGAUCUCUACAACUCAGAUUAGCCGCAGUUUACCCAUCAAGAACACUUCAGAGACACUUGCUACCUUCUCCCUCCCUGCUGGGUUGGCGUACCCUGUGCAGAUACCAGCCGGAGUAACUCUACAAACAGCUUCUGGUCAGCUUUACAAAGUCAAUGUUCCUGUUGUGGUUACUCAGGCCCCAGCACUCCAGCAGCCUGCAUCCCAUCCCGCACAGAGACUCCCUGAAUGGAGGGAAGCGCCUGCCUCUCAGCCAGCGUUGGUCCCACCAAAUGCCAUUCUUCCCCGUGAGCCAGAGCCGCCUCGUGUCCCAGCCCCCGCUAUCACACAACCGAGAGCCACUUUACCCCUGAGUCAGGAGAGCAGCCUCCCCCAGCCACAGCUCACACUGGGAGAUAAUGAGCCAGGUCCACCAGCUGAACCUGUGACUGCCUCACCUUGCAAUCAAUUAUUAGACUUCCAGAUAAGGAAAGAGGAGGCUUUGGCGCAGACGGCCCCGAGCCAAGACAUUGACGACAUCUUGAAAGAGGUGAUCGAGGGGGAGAGACAGAAAGUAGAAAGGGCAAGGAGUCAAGCAGCUGGGAACACCGGCAGUCGGUGUGAGGCUGAUCUCCAGUUCGUUUUGGACUACAAUUAUCCUGAACUGUCCGAAAUCGUUCAGCUGGAUGGUCCUGCAGAUAACUCUGAAAAAGAUGCCGAAGUUCCACUGGAAGAGAGUGACUUUCUCGGUUUAAUCAAUGCAGAGGCCAUAAAAGCCUUGCAGGAAGAAGAUGGAAGCAGUGACAAUGACAGCAUCUCCUCCAGCAGCGAAGGCGAGAGAGAUGAACUGGCUCAUGUUGAGGAUGAGGACCCUCUGAAUUCAGGCGAUGACGUUGUUGAGCAGGACAUCCCCGAUCUUUUUGAUACUGACAACGUCAUUGUUUGCCAAUAUGACAAAAUUCACCGCAGCAAGAAUCGCUGGAAAUUUCAUUUGAAAGAUGGGGUGAUGUGUUACGGAGGCAGGGAUUACGUGUUCUCUAAAGCUGUGGGGGAAGCAGAAUGGUAA